AUGGGCCUAAAUCACGGCCAUAUACCAAACCACCUCUCCAUCAAUAUCAACGACAUAAAAAGAGUUGAAGCGGAUCCUAAUCUGUCUGUCACGCCUCUGAUACCAAUAGUCUGCCCAGAGCAGGAAACACAACCUGGUUGGGGCGUGUGGCCAGACGAAGCCACUGAUGAUCGCGUUACACACAUGGAACAAAGUCAUUUCGACAAGAGCAUGUGGCGUGGUGGGGAUACAUCUCAGCCUCUGAUAUCUGUUCCCGAAGUUGUGAAGAGACCUGUUCACCUCAAGCAAACUGUCCCUCAGUCAAGUAAGCUACAACCAAAAAAAACAAUUCAAAAGGAAGCUUCUACCAGGAAACAAAAACGUCUCAGUGCUUACUUCCCCAAAAAGAGUUCUCGCACCUACUCAAACAAGGAGCUUUCCACGAUGGUUCUCCAACUCCAACAGAAGGUCUCAAUCAUGGAGUCUGAGUCCAAACAGUCCCGCAAAAUUGUACGCCGGAGUACUCAUCCUUACAAUGGAAAGAGUUACACCUUAAACAACUACCAAUUUCCUCGCAAGAAGACCAAAAACAGUGACCAUGAAGCACCCAAUCAAGAUCCUUCCGAACCUCCUCAAAACAGCCUGUUCCCACAUUCUUUCAUCUCAACUCUUCUUCUAAUUCAGCUCCAAAAGCACACACAUCAAGAAGUCCAACAUCCAGACCACUCUCCAAUCGUUAGUCAAUAUGCAGCACAAUGCUAUCUGUCACCAACCACAUACCAACAGGAAUGUGUCCAAACCAAUCGGAGUCUCGCCAAGUCAACAUCUCCCAACAAUGAACAAUCAAUUUCCACUGAACACACCCCAUCCGACCACAACCAAGCGGACCAUCCUUUCGACAACCACCCUAACCACAUCUCCCUUAACCAGAGCCCCCAUGACCACGCUACCACCAACCAUACCUUGCCUAACCACAACCCCACUAACUCCAGCUCUACCAACCACAACCCCACCAACCACACCUCAACCAUGAAUGAAUCUCCUGUCAAAAUCACAAACACAGUCAUUGGUUUUGCGGCACAUGCUUCGUCGCCAAACGCUUUCAAAGAAACCGCUAGCUCAAAUUCUCCUCCAAAACCAAACACUGUUGCUAGAGCUCUCCAUAAGGAUUCUAAUGACGACACUGCCUUUGUGGAAAUCUCAGACAAUGACUCUCCGACGAAACCAAGGCAUCAACCUUCUGAUGAGGACAAUGCUCUUGCGCGCCUACUCUCUCAAUGCCCUACUAUCCCAGCGCUUUCUCUCAUUGGGCCCCUCCCCGAACUCGAGUGGCAGCUCUUCCACAAAACACUUUCAGCAUCCAAGAAAGUAUUCCAUAUCACUCCAUCGGAAUUUGAAUUCUCAAACAACUUCCUGCUUGAUCUCGCUACACCCAAGGAAUGGACAUCCGCAUAUGUCAUCCUUGCCGACUUGUUCUCCUUCUACGAAAACAGCUUCCACAUGAGUUCCUCCACCUCCUCCUCCCAUUCCCAAACUCGUAGAGUAACAGUUGGUAUACCAACUCGAUGUUGGUGUGGUUCCACUCUCACCACUUUCGGAUCAAAAACAAAGGACAACUGCUUCUGUCGGUUCUACAGGUGUGAAAUCGGCGUCAGGAGACAAAACGAAGACCAUUUGUUCAAAUGGAUAGACGAGGCGAUUAUUGAUGAGAUUAACAUGGUCGAUGCUAAAGUGUCUAAGCUUCAAGAAGAUUUGGGAACUUUCAUGAAGUCAACCUCCGACCUCUUCGAAAAACAGGGGAAUUACAUCGACGGCGCCAUCAACGACAUCAAAAACCUUCUCCAACAGCAAACUAAUCUUACAAAUCAAACAAUCCGAUCUUCCGGACCAGAGAAAUCUAAAUCCAACAUUCUCAACAUUGCUACUGCUGCAGUUGUCUUCGGCACAAUGGCCUUCAUCUAUGCCAAGCUCACUAACUAA